AUGGAGUGCGGGAGCGAGGACUGGCACAGUAAAGACGACCACCGCCACAAGGGUUGCCACCAGGCCGGUUAUUUGCCCGCUCUGGCGGUUGCCGAAAUAUCCUUCCGCAGGCUGGGUGAGAGCGGCACGAUGAGGAACGUCGUGCAUCACUGCGCCUACUGCAACUACUCGUCGUCCCUGAAGACGGACGUAACGCGGCACGAGCGGUGUCACACCGGGGAGAGGCCGUACCCGUGCGAGGUGUGCAUGGCGUCUUUCUCGCGCAAACACGUGCUCAUGGUUCACAUGAGGCGGCACACGGGCGAACGCCCCUUCAGGUGCAACUUGUGUCGGACUUCGUUUGUGCACAGGGCUACGUGGGUCAAGCACCAACGGCUGCACUCCAGACCACAAGUGCGUGGAGCUGCCUGCGACAGUGUAAUCACCUUGACGCAUUAG